CCAGGCUACCCUCCGCACGGACACUCCGCGCGUAGUCCUCGUCCAACCCUCGUACAGACAGCGGCGGCGUGAGCGAGGGACCAAGAGGAGGCUGAGGACACGAUGAACUCCACCGCCCAGGCAGGAGUGGAGGAGGAGGAGGCCGCGCACCUCGAGAACGACGUGAUCAAGAAGAUGGAGGAGCUCAGGAUCAACUUGGGUCUGAACGCCUCCACUCUGUACAGCGAGCUGACCAACUUCGUGCAGGACAGUCUGCCGGCGAGUGGUGGCGGCGAGGGCGUGGUGGAGGGCGAGGGCGAUGACCGCAACGUGGCCCUGGCGGUGGUGGAAGUGGUGGUGCUGGUGCUGAUCCUCGUGGUGGCGGUGAUCGGGAACGUGUUCGUGCUGAUCGCGCUGUGGCGCCACUCGGUGUUCCAGCCCAUGUCCCGCUGCUACUUGUUCAUGCUGCACCUCAGCUUCGCGGACCUCAUGGUGGCGCUGCUCAACAUCUUCCCGCAGCUGGUGUGGGACAUCACCUACCGCUUCCGGGGCUCAGACCUCCUCUGCCGCUUUGUCAAGUACGCUCAGGUGUUCGUGCUGUACGUGUCCACCUACAUGUUGGUGUUCAUGGCCGUGGACCGCGCUCGGGCCGUGCAGGGUAGCGGGCGCGGUUCGCUGCGGGCGGCGCGACUCAUGAUCGCGGGGGCGUGGGGCCUGGGGCUGGUGCUGGCGGCGCCACAGACGAUGCUGUUCUCGCUGCGGGAGGUGGAGCCGGGCGUGCAGGACUGCUGGGUGGUGUUCGAGCUGGUGAGCGAGCAGGCUUACGUCACCUGGUUCGUGGUGUCCGUGUUCAUCGUGCCGCUGGCCAUCAUCGCCGUGUGCUACAGCUACAUCUGCUGGGCGGUGUGGCACAGCGCGGGGCCCUCCAAGCCCCUCCUCACGCUCAGCCGCCGCCUGUGCUUCGGCUGCGUCAAGAAGGGCAGCCGGGGCGGCCAGGACAUGAGGCUCAACUUCGAGCUACAGCCCAUCUCGUGCAGCGCCUCCCCGCAGCUGCACACCGCCGCGGCCACAGCCAAGGUGUCCGCGGCCAAGAUGAAGACCGUGCGCAUGACCUUCACGGUGGUGUUCGCCUUCGUGGUGUGCUGGUCGCCGUUCUGCAUCGCGCAGCUCCACAACGUGUACAACAAACCCCAAGACCUCAGCAUGUUGAGCCCCUUCACCGUGGUCUGCAUGCUGCUCGGGUCCCUAAACAGUUGCACCAACCCCUGGAUCUACCUUUACUUCAGCGGCACUCUCCUCAACCAGCUGCGGGUGGUGCUGGGAUUCGGGCCAAGCCGCUGCAGUGACAACAUUUCCUUGGGUGACCAGGAGCCGCGGAACCAGGACGGCGACCCCAGCAAGCGUCCCGUCACCCACACCAACAUGCUCUGAGACACCACCACGCCUGCAACACCCGUGCCGCCCACUCACCUGGCUAGGCACCAUGUUCUGAAACAUUCCUACGCCACAACACUACAUUCAAAAGGCUUGAAUUGAAGUGACACGGGUUUUUUAAGGCUGUUUUUUAUGGUUCUAAUGACAGGUUAACAUGAAUUCUACAUUAUUAGCAGGAGAAAGAGUCUUGGAAACCCGGCUAAUGCCUUCUGUAAGCUUUGAAAAUAGUCGUGAUGAGACACCAAAGCGUUUCUGAAUAAGGCCCACCAAUUAUCUGAUACUUCGAGGUUCACUGGAUGUCUAGGUCCUCCGUAUCGCGAAUCAAAAGGGAUCGAAGAGUGUUGUGUUCCCUCCUGAGCGGAUUCAAGGAGGAUUGAGCCGAGAACGUUGCUUAUUGUCAGGUUACCGUGGGUUUAAUCCGUUUUAAUGAUGUUCUAGGAAGGACUGCGAUAUUGCGAGGGAUGUCAGCUUAAUAAGGCAAGUUCAGUCCGUUGUGCCAAUCUCUGCCGCGUCUUUGUUUGCUGUUUCUCUGUGGGUUUGUGUGUGUGUCUGUUUGCUUCUCACCAGAUCAGAUACUAUGCUAUUCAUGAACCUCUCCAUGACUGCAGGACACUUGUGUAUUGUGGGCUACGUAUAUGCGCUGCAGGAGUGUCAGAAAACAUCUCGACCUUUGCAAGUGAAAAGAAAACGAAAACGACAGUGAGGUUUGCGUUGAAUCUCGAACAAUUGCGUCUUCUGGCGUACGUAGCGGUGCAUUUAAAAGCCUUUUCGCGAGUGGUGUGCGUGUCCGUGUGAGCGUGUACGUGCGUGCGUUUGGGUUAGAGGAGAACGUUGUGGUAAUAAUUGUACUGAAAGUGGCUAUUUUUCCUCCUCUUACGCGUCUGUGUAGAAAAUGCGGUGAGGAGAGACACGCAGAGGGAAUAAUAAGAGUAAAAACGAUAACCUUAGAGGAUGUAAUGAGGAAAAGCAACACGACACUCCACGUCAUCUUACGCCAGGUAAAAAAAGCCCUUAAGGUGUAUACGCCACUAAACCUUCCCAAGUGGUACUGGAAAACACAUACAUGCAGGAAAGUGGCAUAAAAAGUACCUCUCAUUAAUUAUUCUUAAGUACACGUGUUCUCAGGUGCACGGGGGACUCUUGAGGUGACCCUAGAGUUUCGAGGUCACGUCAGGUCAUGUGUUGGUGUUUCAGUGUGUCGGUGUUAGUGUAGUGUGCUGGAGAUGUUUGAUAAGAGGUGUUCGUGCAGUUUGUGUACCUCAGAGGAUCCUAACGCGAUGGGACUUGUCGAGGCAGUGUGGUAGACUCCGUGUAGUCUUGAAAAGUUGAGAUGGUGUUGUGUUCACGAGGAGUUUUACGUUCCGUGUGUUGCAUUAGUGUGUGGCGUGCUGGGGGAGAGAGUAUGGGUGUGAGUGUACUUGUCGUUGUUAUUGUAAUUAUUAUUAUUAUUAUUAUUAUUAUUAUUAUUAUUAUUAUUAUUAUUAUUAUUAUUAUUAUUAUUAUCGUAAUUUAUUAAGAACGGGUGUCUGUAAUGGUCUCAUCGAUUACAAUUCUACAUUUUUCAACAAUUAUGUCUCUCUCUCUCUCUCUCUCUCUCUCUCUCUCUCUCUCUCUCUCUCUCACUCACUAGGAAGCAGUUUGCCAGCACUGUAACAUUCCCUGGACACAUAAAUAUGCAUCUCACGCUGCCUUGCUUCACCUAGGCAGCGCGUCGCCCCGCGGACACAUCAGACACACUCCUUCACCGUUUUCAACCCCGGAAAUAACGUAAGGGGACACUCCUGUAAUAUAUCAAACUGGUUCAUCUGUGCGUGUGGAAGAAGCAGGCGUUAGUUAUUACCCCAUAAACAUGACAAAGUUUUCAUGACAUAGUUUUAACACGUUCCAACACGCCACACGAGUUACGACACUCAUAAACAUGGCGCACAGCUCGUUUCAUGAAGGUAGGAAUUUUUUCUAACUCGUCUCUCGCAAUUUUGCCACACAUUACAAGCAUUAUAUUUUACUGUUCCGCCUCUGAUCCCUUGAGUAAUCUGUUCAAUUCGUCACUAAGAAGUUAACGUAUAACACUUAUUUUACCUUUCAUUCAUUAAUUCCUUCAGUCAUCUGUUUAAUUCGCAUACGUAAUUUUAAAGGCUUUCCAGGCCUUAUAUUUUACCUUCCAGUCACUAAUUCCUUCAGUAAUCAGAUUAAUCGUAUUCAUAACUUACUUUACAUACAUCCCAGGCCUUAUAUUUUAUUUUAGUCACUAAUUCUUCAGUAAUCAGUUUAAUUCAUCAGUCGCAGCUCUAACAUACAUUGCAAACCUCAUAUAUUACCCUCAAUUCACUUACUUCAAUAUUCAAUUCGUCUCUCGUAUCUCAACACACAUUGUAAGACUCAUAUUAGUUUCCACUCACUGACUCCUUUACUCACGCAAGACAAGUCAUACCACCCAGUGACUUAGAGACUCGUAUUACAACCAUCUCUCUAUUCCCCAUGCCCGGUACCUAUCCCACGUGCAGGUAUGGUCACAAAGCGGGUACCUUUCUACACUCACCCCCGCUCUGCCUUACGUUCACGCUCAGUCACAAGAAAAUAAGGGAAGCUGCAAGAAGCCGCCAAACUUACACAUGGCAGUCCCUGUAUGAAACAUGCUUGCCUAUUUCCACCUACUAUCCUCAUCCAUAAAUCUAUCUAAUCUUAAGUCCUAUGAUCUGGGAGAAUGGUUAAGAGCAAAACAUAGAUAAGUAAAAUAUUCAUAAUCCCAGUCCCAAGAAAAGACAAGUAAAUCUAGUCACAAAACCUUAGAUUCUUAGCAGAUCAGAGGACUUGGGAGUGAGACGCUAAGGACAGUGGAAGUGAGUGGGGUAAGUUUCUCGACCCCUGGCCAAGACCGUAAGUACCUGUCCCCGUGUCUGUGGGCCGGCGAUGAGGACCGUAAUCUUGGGGGAGAAGGUCCUCUACGCGGCGCAGAGACACCACCACAGCCCCGCCCAACCAAAUAUAGAGAGCAAGGAAGA